AUGAAGAAAUUUACAAUUGCAUCACAACGAAUGAUAUCCAGUAAGAAGGAUUAUUUAAAUGAGAACGUGGUUAAAGUUGAUUGCAUGGUUAAUUCUCGUGAUCAUCCUAUAGAAAUAGAAGAUGAUGAAGUAUUUGAAGGGAAAAAAUUUAUAUAUGAUGAAGUUAAGAAGGAGAAUUAUGUAAGUGAUUCUGAUUUUGAAGUUCGGAGCAUUACAAGGAGCAGGAAGUUGGUUAACAGAAGUGUUAGAAAAGUUAGUAAAACAUUUGUCUCCGAACAUGAGUUUUCUAGUGAUUCUGAUUUUGAGGAUGGUUCCGGUAGUAGUGUGAAGAGGGUGGAUAAUAUAGCUGAUAAGAAAGUUAAAAAGAAAAUGGAGUUGCAUAGUGAUAAAAUAAAGUCAUUGUAUUCUCGUGUUUCUCUUCAUUCUAUAUAUGGUGUUGUGAAGUCAAUGAAUCAUAAGCAAAAAGAAUGUGUGAGGAGUUUGGGGUUCGGAUCAUUGAUAGACAUGAAGACUCAAAGUAUUCCAGCAAAAUUAUGUUAUUUUGUUGUUGAUUCGUUUGAUCCUUUAGAGAUGGUUAUUAAAACUGAGGUUUCUAAUAUUUUGGUUACAAGGGAAGAUGUUAAUAGGGUGUUAGGGCUGCCUAUGGGGGUUGAUCAGUUAAAUAGUGUUGAUUUAAGAGGUAAUGAGGAAUGGUAUGAAAUCUGGAAAGAUCAAUUCAAGAAGUCGUUGUCUUUAAUUACUCCAAAUGAUGUUGUGUACAAGAUAAUAGAAUGA